AUGGCUGAUCGAGUGCUUGUGAUUGGCAGCGGAGGCAGAGAACAUGCACUGGCUUGGAAGCUGGCACAAUCUCCACACCUGAAACAAGUACUGGUUGCACCAGGAAAUGCCGGAAUAGUCAAUGAUGGGAAAAUGUCUAAUUCAGGUGUUUUAAUUAGCAACCAUGCUAUCCUUUCCCAGUUCUGCAAAGAUCAUAACAUUGGGUUUGUGAUUGCUGGACCAGAAACUUUGCUGGCUGCUGGAAUUGUUGAUGACUUGGUAGCAGCUGGAAUUCAGUGUUUUGGCCCUACAGCCAAGGCAGCCCAGUUGGGAACAAAUAGAUAUUUCACUAACAUCUUUCUUGAUCAGCAUGGAAUUCCCACAGCAAGAUGGAAAUCCUUUUCAAAUCCUAAAGAAGCAUGUGCUUUUAUUAACAGUGCAGAUUUUCCUCCACUGGUGAUAAAACCUAGUGGUUUCGGUCCUAGAAAAAAAAUAGUUCUUGCAUCCAACCGAGCAGAUGCCUCUAAGGCAGCACAAGAUAUUCUUCAGGACAACAUGUGUUAUCAUUCUGAAGACUCCUCUGAGACAGUUAUCAUUGAAGAACUUCUUAAAGGGGAAGAAUUUUCAUAUUUAUGCUUUGUUGAUGGAGCCACUUUUAUUCCCAUGCCACCAGUUCGGGUCCAGAAGCAGCUGCUGAAUGAACAUCAGAGUCCAAGCAUCAUUGAAAUAGGAGCCUUUGCCCCUUUUCCUAAGGUUCCUGAAGUUCUUCUGGAAAAAAUUAAAAGCACGCUCCUUCAACACAUUCUUGAAGGUAUGAAGCAAGAAGGUUUGUCAUACGCAGGUGUGCUACAAAUAGAAUUAAUGCUUACUAAACAUGGUGUGAAAGUUUUAAGUGUUGGCUGUCAUUUUGGUGACCCACAAUGCCAGAUAAUUCUUCAGCUUCUUAAAAGUGAUCUUUAUGAAGUUAUCCAAGCUGCAGUUGCUGGCCAACUCUGCAAUUCCAUAUUGGCUUGGUUAGAUAAUUGUACUGCUGUGUCAAUUUCCAUGGAAAAUGGCAGCUAUCUGCAAGGUCAUAAAAAGAGCAUAGAAAUCACUGGGCUUCUUCAGGCUAAAGAGUUAGGCCUUGAAAUCUUUCAUGGAGCUACUGUAAUAAAGGAAGGCAAAAUGCUGAGUAAUGGAAACAGAAUCCUUACAGUAACAGCUGUGAAACAGGACAUCAUGUCAGCCCUUGAAGAUAUCUACAAAGGACUAGCAGUCAUUUCUAUCCAGGGUGCAACCUACGGAAAAGAAACUAGCCAUCAAACUAUUGCAUUCUUCAGACAGUUUGUGUAUGAAGCAAUGGUGAGGCCUUGGUUAAAGAAAUCAAGUUUAGACCCAAUAGCUAAUUGUCACAGUUGCCCUGGGCAUGAUGCAAUCAUUCCAGCCUUCUUUGAUUUGAGAGCCUCUGGUUAUCGUGAUCCCAUUCUAGUAUCCCAUGCUAAAGGCAUUGGGACAAAACUUAAGAUUGCCCAGUUGUGCAAUAAGCAUGACAUGAUUGGUCAGGACUUGGUGGCUAUAUGCGUCAAUGACUUGCUGGUUCAAGGAGCUGAGCCUCUCUUCUUCCAUGGCCAUUUUGCAUUUGGAAAACUGGAUGCUGGUGUGACUCAGCUCACUCAGGCUAUCUCAGAUGGGAUAGCUGAAGCUUGUAAACUGGCAGGAUGUACUUUCCUUGGAAGAGAAACUAAUGAAAUACCUGCCACUUGUGCAGCUGGAGAAUACAACCUGGUUGGCUUUGCAGUUGGUGCUGUGGAGCGAGGCAUGAAGUUUCCUCGGCAAGGGAACAUUGUCAAUGAAGAUAUUGUGAUUGGAAUAGCUUCUUCAGGACUUCAUCACCAAGGAUUUGAUCUUGUGAGAAAGAUUUUUUUAACAUCGUCCCUACACUAUUUCUCUCCAGUUCCUGGUGGAUAUGGCAACCAUACUUUAGGAGAGCAGUUGCUAACUCCAACCAAAAUCUAUAGCCGAGCCCUCCUUCCUGUCCUCCGAUCAGGAAAUGUAAAAGCCUUUAUCCAUAUUGCUGAUGGAGGAUUGUUGGGUGGUUUUUACCAUAUCCUUCCUGAACGCUUUAGUGUUGUUUUGAAUACCUGUGAGUGGAAGAUUCCAUCAAUUUUCUCCUGGCUCCAAGAGGAAGGAAACCUCUCAGAAGAGGAGAUGGUGCAAAUAUUCAACUGUGGGAUUGGUGCUGUUUUAGUAGUCCAGAGAGAAGCUGCCAAGCAGGUGCUGAAGGAUGUCCAGACACAUGAGGACGCAUGGGUGAUUGGAAAAGUUGUCCACCGAACUGCAGGGUAUCCCCAGGUAGAAAUCAAGAAUCUCUCUGAAGUCCUGCUAAAAAAUAAAUGGCCAUUUUUGAAGGAUGUUUCAAAUGCAGACAAUCAACCUCAGAUCAUACACAGAAAAGAUAAAGUUAAAGUAGCCGUUCUUAUUUCUGGAACAGAGCCUGCAAGUUGCUCUCAGGUAGUCCUAGUAAUUGCCAGCAGAUCUGGGGUGGAAGAACUAAGGAAUGCAACCUUGACUGGGAUCCCAACCAGAGUAAUUGAUCAUAAACUGUAUGGAAGCAGAUCAGAAUAUGAAGGCACAAUUGACAGUGUCCUUGAAGAAUUCUCUAUUGAAUUGAUUUGUCUAUCUGGAUUUAUGAGAAUUUUGUCUAGUAACUUCCUUAGGAAAUGGUAUGGAAAGAUGUUGGGAACUUACCCAUCCAUUUCACCAUCAACUAAGAGAAUUAACACCUACAAUCAAGCACAUCCAUCUAUAGACAAAAUUGUUGGCUGUACUGUGCAUUUUGUACUUGAGGAGACCGGUCCUGAAGCAAUAAUUGUACAAGAGCCGGCAUAUACAAAGGCAGAAGAUCCACAGGAGGCCUUAUCUGCAAAGAUCAAAGAAGCAGAGAACCGGAUCUUUCCCAUGGCUCUGCAACUGGUUGCCAGUGGGAUGGUGCAGUUAGGAGGAGACAGAAAAACCUAUUGGAAAAGAGAAAGACAGGAGCUAAACUGCCAAGAGGAAAGGCAGGAUUGUUAA